UCACACUUUUUCAUUUCUCUGAACGUGGGAUCAGGAGGAAGUUUCUGCAGCAGCUGUUUAGUUACAACAACACAACAACAACUUGUUACUGAAGGCUACAAAUAUUAUGUUGUUUCUGAACAUUUUCUGGUCGUUGUGUCCUCGCUGGACUUUCCUGUAACAUUUAACGACAUAACAUUUUAGAGGAAACUUUGAAGGAGAGAAUUAACAGAAGACGGAGCUCUGACAGUGAAGGGUAGUUAAGAUUUUAAACACUGUCAGUCAAAAGAACGUUCAGCUUCAGAACUGCCGUGCUCAUGAUUUCUGACAGUUUAUAACCAAAACCAGAGCCGGUGUUACGCUGAGAAAUGCAUCCCUGCAGAGAACUGCAUGCACCUCACAGGACAAUGCACAAAUAUAGCAGACACAAUUUUAACAUUACCAUGUUUUGCAUCCACUCUUAAAUCUCCACUACGGACACUUGUGAGUCAAACACUGUGCAGGUCAUAAUCACACAGGCUGAAGAAAGUCUGCAGGACAAUGAGGACAAUUCAUGUUUAUUCAGUGUCAACUUAAAUUAAAAUAAACACAAACAUCAACAUUAAAAUCAUUUUUUUAGUUCUUUACUGCACUAAACUGUUUCCCAAACCGCUUGAACAUCAGCAGAAAUCCUCCUUCUGUAUUCUCAUGACUAACUUCAAUUAGAAGUUGUACUUCUUGAUCACUGUCAUGUUUGUGAGCUGUGUUUUUUUUAUGUAUCUUUGGGAGUGUUUUUAAUGUUUUCAUCAUUUUCAAAGCGGGGGUCCUGACACCGUGGUGGGGGUCACAUGUAGGGAAAAGGGGGUGUGGCUGCACAGACUCACAUUAUUAUUCAUGUCUUCAUGUUGAGCUCUGACAGGCAGAACUGUUGUUGUUGUUGUUGUUGUUUCCUCACAGAGUCUCUUCUUCUUCUCCUUCUCCAGGUGUGGUGUGUCCGGGUGUGCAUGUUCUACUCCACCAUAUGUCUGUCCGGCUGGCCGCUCUCCUCAGAGGCCGCCAGACUCCGCUGUGGAACCGACCUCCUCAGUGACCUCAUAUUCGUGUGCGGCGAUCGGGGAAUCUAUUUGGGCAAGGGGACGUGGUCCGGUUACGGCGCUCGGCCCCGGGGAAAGGGGAUCGCCGACAAGUGCUGUGGACCUUCAGGCUGUGAACUUCAGCACCUGGAGUUGUACUGCGCCAAACCAAAGAGCCCACCGCACACCACAGCGUAUCCAUCCACAACAACAACAACAACAACGACAACAACGACAGCAGCUCCUCAAACAACCAAAGAGCCGGACACGGCACAGCAGCUGUUCCAAACGCUUUAUCAGAAGAGACUUGUGGAGCACCUCGGGGCUCCCAACAGCCCCAAAAGAGACGCGUACAGAAAGAAAACAAAGACUUCUUCCAGAGGGAAAAGCAAAGCUUCAUCGUCACGCAGGAGGACGAGCACGACCAGCGUGUCUUCUUCACCCUCCAGGAGUCCUCUUGAAAGACCGACCAGAUCUGGAUCCUGACUUCAAACUGGAUCUUUGUAAGGACUGGACUUAUCGCAGCAGGUCUCAAAAGACGAGACGCUUACAGCCGAAAUACAAACUCAGAGAAACUCUCCUCUAAAGUCGGCAUCACAAAUACAUUUGGAAGGAAACAAAAAGCGGCCAUAUUGGAGGUCUGAUCCCCGCCUCUGGAUUACUUGCUCUUUGGUUCUCAGUGUAAUCUCUCACUGAGGCGUUCUGUUAUCUGACUUUAAGUAGCAACGCUUGUACGAUACGACUCUCUAACGAUGUUCCAUAAAGACUGUUAAAUAAUGAACAACCUAGAAUAUCACAAUGUUUUCUAUCCCAGUGCUGAUGUGGAAAAACAGGCCGGACUCUUGCUGCUGAUGCUUUUGUGGGAACACAAAAAGUCUCUUCAAUCCUGCAGCACAUCUCGCUACAAUCCAAAAAAUCUAUUAACUAAAACUAGCACAAAGUGACUCCACCUACUCUCCUGCAUUAAACACGCUCAUACAGUCAGCACGAGCUGCGUUCAUCAGCAGCUACGAUGCGUCCUUUACUCAAGUGUCCACAUGACGACAAAGACAUGGUGUCGUCCAUGAUGCAGGGCGGUUAACACGACCUGCAGAGAAAAGAAGAUGACCACAAGGUUUCCAAGCUAUGGUCUUUGCAGAAGCAUGAAUGUUACACUUUUAGUGUCAGUGUAGGCUUGUCUGCGUUCCCUUGCUGCUGUUUGUAGGCAUUCCAUAAGUCCUUGAGUCCUUGAGUCCUUGAUUCCUUGAGUCCUGCAGGAAGUGACGCAAGGUGACAGCAGCAGGUGCAGCGUGAUAACACGCCCCCUCUGCAGGUUAGCGUGCUAAUAAAACACGUAGCUAAUGGUAUCAGUCCCUCGGGUAGUUUUGUUCAUGAGACGUUUGUUCUCCCUAACGGUGACCACAUCAUGCAGGCGUUUAAUAUUCUUCUGAGUGACAUCACGUCUCGUUUUCUCCUUCGUGGAACAGAACCCGGUAUCAUCAAGUCUCAAACUGACUUUCAUGAUAAUCUGAACGUAACUUACUGCAGGGUGGUUUCUUUUGUUUCUGAUGUAUUUAAAGAACUAACUGUGUAUUUUUUUGUAACAUGUUUUAACCCUUUAAGGUUGUUGUGAUGAAACGGUUUCUUUGCAUUUAUUUAAGAACAUUAACAUUCCUUUAAAUGUCGUGUAGCUCCUCUGUUCACUUUUUCUUUUAGCUCCUUUUUGGGUCUCCUCCAUCUCCUCCUUCCAGUGCCUGGAUGUUUAGCUGCUAAAUUCACUUUUUUGCAUCGUAUUUAUUUAUUUGAAACAUAUCUUAAAAAGAACAAAGUAGAACAUAAAGCGACCAGCUCCGUCAGCGUACUUCCUGUAAGGACUGAUUCAUGCAGUACAGUUUGUUUUGUAAAUGUUCGCAUCCUGACGUCCUGUGAUGUGAACUUUGUUUGCUGAAGAUGUUUUCUAACCUGUUGUUGUUUUUGUUGUUGUAUUUAUAAUUUACGUAAAUGUGAAGCCUGUAACGUUUAAAAACACUUUAUUCUGCAUUUCUUGAGACAUGUUUUUGAGCACUUUUUAACCUCCUGUAGCUGGACAGCGUGCGUUUGUGGAGAAAGAUCUUCAUGAGUUUGUGCCGUCUGAUUGUUGAGACGCCUGCUCCACUUUCAGUGUUUUUUAUCUGAAGUGUGAUGUUUCUUAUUUUAUAUUUUGUUUCUGAAGUAUUUUUCAUAAAACACUUUGAAUGCAUUCGCUAUUUAUUUCACUCUUUGAGA